AUUAUUGAUUAACCACAUCAAUUUUUUUUCACGUAUUUUGAUGUGUUAAAUACUAAAAUGUUAUGUUUUAAUAGGUAAUUGUACAUUUGUAAUACAGACCUACAGUAUAACACCAACACAUAAGUCACUAAUACUGAUUAUCUGUAACGAAUAGAACUUAAAAAAUUGCAUUAAAAAAAUCAUUAAAGGAAUAAUCCAUUAUUGUAUGUACCACUACAGUAUGUAACCGGUUAUCUAGACAAUUGUUGUAAUGAUGUUAAUUCAGCAGAUUGGUUGAAAAUUGUAAAACAAUUGUCACAUAUUCAUUCAUCGACGACAUCAUGAUAUCGGCGGGUAUAUUUCUAUUGGUGGCUUUAAGUCAUACAUGUGUCUCCAUUGACAUCACAUAUCCUGUGUUUGGAUACUAUGUUCAAGGACAACCUGCUGCAUUUGGAGAUUUUGAUUCUGAUGAACUUACAGAUAUGUUUGUACUAAAAGAUCAAGGUCGAUCUAUUGAAAUUAUGUUUGGUUCUAAUGUUGAACCUUUCUUAAAGCCUGGUACACAAACAAAAUGCAAGUUUAAUAAACAUCAAAUAACAUCGGUAGUGCCCGGAGACUUCAAUGGUGAUGCUCUUAUGGAUCUACUGGUUACUGUAAAAAACAUAACAGUUGGUUCAGGAGGGUUUUCCAAUUGGUUUUCACCAAAUAAACAGAAUAAUGAUUUAGAUGUUCAUAUACUGUGGGGAGGAUUAAAUGUUUUGGCAUGUCCAAAUGAAGAUAAACCGCUUUUCACAAUUAUUGAUCAACCUUUGGUUAUUAACUAUGACAGUAAUAUGAUAGUAGAUUUAUUUGGUGUCAAAAAAAUGUCAAAUGGUACAACACAAAGAAUGUUUUGGCUAUUCAAUUCAACUGGAAACUUUACGGAAGUGGCAAUGGAAAACUACAAUUCUGAAGAGAUAAGAAUUCCCCAAUCACACGGAUUUGUAGACAUAGGUGGAGAUGUUGCACCUGAUUUAUAUUUAACAACUACAAAAGGAUAUGAAGUGUGGCUUUCUGAUUCUGAAGUUGGUGCAUUCAUUUUUAACCAAACCAUCUCAUUUCCUGACAAUUUGAAGGUUACAAAUGUUGGUCAAACUGCUUUCAUGGAUUUACAACUUAAGGGACGCAUGGAUCAUAUUGUGCCUGUUUGUUUUGAUGCACAAUGUACUAACAGCACUAUUUAUUUUUAUGAUUCAACUCGUUGGUAUAAUUUGGGAAUAAAUUUCCAUAAUGGUAACAGUGUUUGGGGAUUUGUACCGCCAAUGCCUAAUGUACCAUACCUAGAAACAAUCACGGUGCGCCCUGGUGAUUUCAAUAUGGAUGGCUACCCUGAUUUAUUAGGCACAUUAUGUCUUGGAGGCAGUUUAAAAAAAACAAAAGUAAUCUUAAUGGAAAAUGUUGCAUGUACAACAGGCUGUGAUGGGUUUGACAGAACUUUUGUUGUUCGAUGGGACUUACUUCAGGCAAUGAAUGGUGACAAUAACAACAUUAUGGGAGCAUUUUAUGAUUUUUUUCAAAAUGGUAUAUUAGAUGUGUUGUUGGUCAGUGGAGGUAAUGGAGAGUACAAUAUGUCAGCUUUUAAGAACAGUUUGGACUACGAUGCAAAUUUUUUGAAAGUAAUGGUUGUUACUGGUUUGACAAAUAGCAAGUAUGAAAUGUUACCUAGUCGAUUGGGAAAAAAAUCUCGUACAUUUGGUACUAAUUUGCCUGGACCAAAAGUUAGUUAUGUUACUACCACACAAGAUGGGUAUCCACGUCAAGGCAUAGCUACACAGUUACCCCAGUCUGCUUAUUAUUCUCUUUAUUUGCCUUAUACAAUAUUUGGACUCGGCCGUACUCCUAACUUUGUAGAUGAACUUACUGUUUCGGUUUUAAAUGAAACCCGUUCUUGGACACAAAUUAUCCCAAAUUCUCAAAUGGUUGUAAUUCCUAAUCCAAUAAAUGAUCCAAGUAGAUGGAAUGCCAAACUAUUUGUGACUCCAAGCCGUUUAAUAUUUCAAAGUGCAGCUGCGCUUGCAGGAACAUGCCUACUUAUUUUACUUAUUAUUGGAGUGUUGUACUUCAAAGAACGACAAGAAGAUCGUAUUGAAAAACGACAGGAAGCACAUAAAUUUCAUUUUGAUGCUAUGUAAAAGAAUUCAAUUUUUUAAAUAAUUUUUAUGUUCUAUUACUGUGAUUAUUAUGAUAUUCCUAUUUUUAAUUUAAUAAUAAAAAUACAACAUUUCUUAAUCAAACCUAAUUAAAAUUUUUAUUUUGUUGAAAAAUAUGAAUAUACCUAAGUUUAUUUUAAUAAUUUCAAUACAUUUUCAAUUCAAGUUAGUAGCUUAUUUCUUACGAGUUAAAAAAAAAAGUGGACCUAAAUUUUGGAAAUAGUUAAUACUUACUUAUAAAAAAUGAUAA